AUGGCUGGAAAGGCAGGUGAGCCCCGUGUCCCUGCCACCUUGCAGAAAUCCCGCCUGAAGGCCGAGGAGAAGGUCCUGGAUUUUGACUUCCAGCUGGAGAGCGUGCAAUUUAAUGAAAUAGGGAGGUACGCCCUGCGGCUGACGGCAGAGAAUCCUCUGGUGGAGGGCUCUGGAGCUGGGGUGCAGCUGCGGGUGAAUGAGGGAGAAGUCCUUCAUACAAACACAGCCACCACCGAUGUGGUGGAGCAGACCAACCUCAGCGAAGUCUACAUGUUUGAGAAGCGGAGGUUUCUCUUCAUCCUGCCCAAAGGUUUCUGCAAAAAUGAUAAAAACCAUGAUGCCCGGCUGCGGAUUGAAGCCUUGCGCCUGCACGGUUCUUUCCUGAAGACCGGCGUGAAGACGGGGGAAGCAUUCUUUGCUAUUUACCCCCGCACGAACCAGCCCAGGAUGAACCUUUUUGCUAGCAAGGAAGAAGAUUUAUAUCGUUAUAGCGAUAUUAUGGUGCUGCUCCGGGCUGGGACCGAUGACCUGGCCAUGCACUGUGGACGGUUGGCCUACACGGUAUCGUUCCAUGAGCACCGGCCUGGUGCCAAGAGAGAGAGACCCAUCACGCCACGCCACCUUUCUCCUUUGCUACCCCGCAAGGAAGGAAAGAUGCAGAUGGAGGUUGGAACCACUUUCCUGACUCCCUUACACCUGUUGGGGGUCCCACCACAGACGACCCCAGGCAGUGCCUUCGAAGGACCACCUGUGGUGUCACCAACGGCAGAAUUCCAGACUUGUGGGCACUCCCCGUACGGCCCACCCAAGUCGCAGAAAGAAGUCCCCAACAAAGGCAUCCGAGACUUUUCUGAGGAGCAGCAAUCUUUCUGGCCGGCUUCCUCUUCCUCCUCCUCCUCCUCGCUCACACCAGCUUUGCCAAGGAGAUUGCCAAGCGAUGCCAGUCUCCAUUUGCCUUCUCCAGGGAACAGCCCAAAGCUAGCUUUGGCGGGAUCUUUCUUGGGGUUGCUGGACGGUACCUAUAGGAUGACACCCUUAAUGCAGAGCCUCCAUACUUCUAGAUAA